GAGAGCCGACACAAAGAAGGAGUGAGGGAGCGAGAGGACAAGAAAAGAGGACGAGAACAAGCGCUGAAGAAUGUACGAGGAUACGAGCAGCGCCGGCUCUUCUGCCUCGAGGAAGGGUGACCAAGUGGAGCUCGUAACCAAGUUCCUGGCGCCACUGUGCGCGCGCGAUGAGGCAGCCCGAAAUGUUGCCCUGGCCGCCGUGCGUACCACCGUCGAGAGCUGGCUUGGAGGCGUUGGCAGUCCCAACAAUAACCACUGGGACGCGGACUCGCAAAAUCUUCUAAAUGGGAACCUCGGAUGCCGGUCGCAGCCGCGAGACAGUGAAGGCUUUUAUUCGCGCAGCGUUGGCGCGGCUACGAUAUUCGCACGGAAACCGAGCCCGGACAGCGUUGACUGCGUCGAUGGCAAACCCAACGAGCCCGAGUGUAAUUGCACGCCGAGCCAUAGGCUCCGGGAGUUCGAGGGACGUUUGGGCUCGAGCAGCGACAGCGAACGCCGACUGUUCGCCUCCUGCGAGGGUCUGAACGAGGAGCGCGGCCCUAGACAUCAGAUCAGAAUCAAAAGCGGUCGCCAGAAGCUCUUCGACGAGGACGAUGAGCUUGAUGCGGAUACGCGCGUGUACGGCAAGAGCCCCAAGUUUGAUGAUGACUUUGGUAACGUUGAGCUGCGCAGUCGGAAGUUUCGCGAGAGUAGCGAGGACCUGCUAUACGGGACGUCCCUGGAUGCGGAAAGGGUCGUAUUUAAUACCCUCGACGGCUUUCUUAACGAGGAGGCUGCCGGCGGCGAGAAAAGACCGCCUGGUAGCAGCGGACAGGCCAAGAGAUUCAUGUCGAAAAACGAGGACGUGCCCUGGAAGAGUGCCGAGGGAGGACUUCUUGACAGCCCAACUGAGGUCGUAACGCCCGGGGACGUCGGCAGAAUGCUGAAUCUGGGAAACGCACUGGAUGGACCGCGUCAGGCCCAGGCUAAUAAGUACCUUAGCCUGGUCAGUCUACAUUUGCCAGUGAUACUUAGGCUGAGCGUCAACUGUCCCUUCCAGAACGUCAGGAUCAAGUGUACGGAAAUCAUGCAGAUGAUCAAGGACCGAGGACUACCAGUACCCGAGCCUGCAUUCGAUGGACCUAGUGCUUUCGUACCAGUUUCCGAACUACCGGACCUAAAUAGUCUCGAUGAAAAGACACACAUGCUGCUGAUGGAUGCAUUCUUACAAAACAACAGGCUGGACCAUGUAUCCCGGGUAAUGUCCUCGCAUCCGACUUACCUAGAGCACUUUUUACGCACCCAGAAUUUCAUAUUGCGGGCCGACGGUCCGCUUCCGUAUGAUUAUCGACAUCUUAUCGCCAUCAUGGCCGCAGGUAGACAUCAAUGCAGUUACCUGAUAAACUUGCAAAAGUCAGAGUUUCUCCAUCAAGGAGGACACGAAUCGUGGUUACAAGGUUUGAGAUCUAUACCAAGCAAACUACAGGAUCUGUACGAAAUCAACAAGAUUCUGGCACACAGACCCUGGCUUUUAAACAAAACACACAUUGAGAAACUGACAAAAGGAGCGGAUAACUGGUCGUUAGCAGAGGUUGUACAUGCGAUAGUACUGUUGGCUCAUUUUCACUCUCUCUCGUCCUUUGUCUUCUCUUGCGGUAUCAACGAGGAGCUGGAUAACGUAAUGGGGCACAAUUACAAGGAGAACAUCCAAGCGAACAGCAAUAUCCCCAAGCCGACGACGGACAAGCUCUUGAGCAGCCCCAAACAGAUUCCCAACGGCAUCGGCAAAACUGAUAAAAUACCUUCGCCGCCUUCAUCUCCGAGUAUCGUGGGCGAGCAGGAGGUUGGAGUAGAGACGCUGAUGGAGCGCAUGAAGCGUCUCUCAGAGAAGUCGGAGUCGUAUCAGAUUACCCAGGAGGAGCUGUCGAAGCGGUUCGAGACAGUGGAGACGCAGUCCGCGGAACUGGCGGCAGCGCCCCAGCGUAUCAGCUCGAUCCUCGAUUCCGACAUCGGCCUCUUCAUCGAAGAUCCAGCUUUCAUUUAUCAGGACUUUGCCAAGCGCGGCCAGUUAAACGACAUCCCGACGUUCCGUGUGCAGGACUAUUCCUGGGACGAUCACGGUUACUCACUGGUUAAUAGGCUUUACAACGACGUUGGCAAUCUACUCGACGAUAAAUUCAAGACUGCCUACAACCUCACGUAUUACACCAUGGGCACACACAGCAAAGUCGAUACGUCGCGCUUCAGGCGGGCCAUCUGGAAUUACAUUCAGUGUAUGUUCGGUAUUAGACACGAUGAUUAUGACUACAACGAGGUUAAUCAGCUACUCGAACGCAGCCUCAAGACUUUCAUCAAAAGUGCUGUCUGCUAUCCGGAGCGCGUCACGAAAAGGGAUUACGACCGCGUGAUGCGCGAGUUCAAGCACAGCGAGAAGGUUCACGUUAAUCUAAUGAUCCUUGAAGCUCGUAUGCAAGCCGAAUUGUUGUACGCAUUGCGCGCAGUGAUGCGCUACAUGACCUAACUAUCCAAGAGUCAGUUAAGUGUGCAAGAUUUUUUUCACGGGCCUGACACCCACUCAUGGGAGUUAUAAAGAGGCUAGUAAAACGCGAAUAUACACGAGUCUACUGUCUGGUUACAGAAGGAGGCAUGAUUAUUAAAUUUAUCACAUUGUUUGAGAGAAAUGAAUGUAGCGUAACAGAUAAAUUUCCUUGCAAGUGUAGCGCGUAAAAGACUUCGUGAAAGCUAAAAUUCUAUAAGCCUUUAAAUUUUGUUUUGUAUGAAUGAAUGAUACAAAGUGCUUGCGUGAUAAUUAGAGAGGU